GAUUUGUAGGCUCUUUCUGUUUAAAGUCCUCCAAUUGGACGAGUGGAGAGGGUAGGAUCAACCCGUCGCCUGGAGAGUAGUUUUUCAAAGUCGGACGGACGAAGACAGAGCGAUCGCCCCUCCCUCCCUGUAGUCAUGGAUGGCUCCUACUGUACUCCCUCCCAAGAAGCCUAUCGUGCAGCCAUGGUGCUUUCUGGAGUUGGUGAUGCCCUUGGAUAUCGCAACCAGCGCUGGGAAUAUUGUACUUCGGGGCCCCAGAUCCAUCAAGAGCUCCAGGAAAUGGGGGGACUUGGCAAGAUACAUGUAAUUCUUCCUGACUGGCCAGUCAGUGAUGACACUGUGCUGCACCUGGCGACUGCUGAGGCCCUUGCUACAGGGAAGACUGGAGAGUCCUUGUUCCAGGAGCUGGCAAGAUGCUAUGUAGAGGCCAUGAAAGAUAUGGAGGGAAGAAAACCUGGCCCCACCAGUAUUCUGGGAACAUCUCAGCUACGUCCAGGAGAGCCAGGUGGAUAUCACAUUCCCUUCAACUCUUACGCAACUGGUUGUGGUGCAGCUAUGAGAUCCAUGUGCAUUGGGCUGAGGUAUCCUCAGCCUUCUGAUCUCAACACCUUGAUCAAAGUCAGCAUAGAAAGUGGAAGAAUGACACAUCACCACCCCACAGGUUAUCUGGGAUCUCUGGCUUCGGCUCUCUUCACUGCGUAUGCUGUCCAGGGACUGCCCCUUGAGCUCUGGGGAUGUGGGUUGCUGAAGACUCUGCCUCUUGCCCUGGAAUACAUCCAGGCUGCUGGGAUUGAGACUGAAGCCAAUGUAGCAGCUUGGUCCUAUUUCCAAGAGAAGUGGGAAUGGUACCUCUCAGAACGGGGUCUCAUCGAUGGCCGGGGCCCAGUUCGAUUCCCUCCUGCCUACGGUCCUGCCGAGCGGGAUGUCAUCUACAAAACCUUCAGCCUGGAUGGAUGGGCUGGGCGCAGCGGCCACGAUGCCCCCAUUAUUGCUUAUGAUGCCCUCCUGGGUGCUGGGAGCAGCUGGGAGCAGCUCUGUGGACGUUCCAUGUUCCAUGGUGGAGACAGUGACUCCACAGGGGUGAUCGCAGCUUGCUGCUGGGGCCUUACAUAUGGUCUCCAAGACAUCCCAUCUGGAAAUCACAUGGAACUGGAAUACCGAGACAGGAUGGUCUCUGCAGCUGACUCUCUCUAUCGCCUGGCUUGGGAGCAGGGGUCUGUUUGAGAAGCCGUUCCCAUAUCUAAUAUCCUCAAUUCCUGGGAAGGCAUAAGCUGAAAACUUUCAAUAGAUUGAAAACUGCUGCUUUCAAAAUAAAUUGUAGCUGUAUUCUGUCUUGCUUUUAUGAGCAGCAAACAAGUUCGGCAUCCAUUCCUAUUCUGACACAAGAAUGCCAGCAGUGCUCUUAUUAAAAAUAAAUUAUCAUAAAUAUAUCUAGGUGCAUCACCUUUAUUAAAAAAGCUAAUAAUGAAGCCUAAAAUUGCAGGUAACACAGGCAGAGGCAUUACAAGGUGAUGUUCAUAUUUUAGCAUGGCAUCUGUGCCUCCUUUUGAAGUUCAGGCAAUCAUGCUUUCUCAUUUGUUUAUUUUUUUAUUUGUAGCCCCACAAUUAUUGCUUUUACAAAGAGGGCAGUAUAUUUACUGCCUUGAGCCAUUUGUAAAAAUAAUGACAGGAUAGAAAAAUAACUAAUGGUCCUCUCACAAUAACAUUCCUGUAAACUGACUUGGGUUGAGAUAGAGUGACUGGCCCAAUUCACCCAGAUGGCUUUCAUACCUAAGGAGAGAAAAGAAUUCACAAUCUCCCAUUUUCUAGCCUACUGCCUUAACCACUAGAUCAAACUGGCUCUUCAGUUUGGCUUUUUAGCCAGAGCCCUUUUUAAAAAAAAUGUGCCUAUUCAUGAACUAAACAAUUGGGAGUGUAUUUGGAGUUCUGUGGUGUUGGCAAGUGUUAAAGCAACAAGCCUGGAUGGGAAAGGGGAAUAUGCAAAGUAUUUUAAGGAUGUUCUGUCUUUUCUCUCAUCUAAUCAAUAUCUUGUUGCUUUCUGAGGCAUCAAUUUUACAAUUAGAAACCCCACCCCGCAAUAAACAUGUUUUCACUUUG